CAGUUGUUUCUCUUGAAGACGAAUGAACAACAUUACAAUUAAAUCAAGAUUUUCAACUCAUCUCUUCAUCUGAGGAUCGUUUCCCUGUAAAAUGAAAAGCGCCACAAACAAGAAACUCUGUGUGACGUGACCUCCCUGUGUGUCAGAUGCCCUCCCUGUGUGCUGUCUCUUCCUGUGGGGCUGGAGCUCUGUGAUUGGUCGGUGAGAGUCCUGAUGAGGUGCAGGAGCGUCUGAGCGCUCAGAUCGUCUCUGCUCACACUCAGAAGCUCCAUGGCGGCGUCCAGGAUGUUCAUAAGGUCACUGGUCGGUUCAGGAGAAGCUGAGUCUUUGGCCGCUCAGUUUCAGAGCCACAAACAGCGUCUGGAUCAGAUCGAUGAAGACCUGAAGAACAUCAGAGACGACAUCUGUGACCGCAAAGAGGAACAGGGGAGGGAGGCUCAUGAUGCCUGUGGUAGAGCAGUUGUGCAGGGAGUGGGGACGGGUGUUGUUGCCGGGCUGAAGCUGGGUCCUGUCGCAGGGGUUGUCGGGGUGGGCGUUGGAGUGGGUCUCGGGGUGGGCGUGGGGCUGUUCCUAAGGAAGCACUUCGUCAAGGAGGUUUAUGAGCGAGACCGCAGACGUGACAGAGAAGAUCAGAAACGGAUGAGGGUGCUGCUGAGAAAGUUUAAGAAGAAGAUCAACACCAUGCGUCUGGGCUUGAAGUUCAUUCGAGGGUUCUUCUCCCGACACAAGAUGAACACUGAGAAGCUGCAGCAGAUGGAGGAACUCAUCACUAAACUGAUCGAUGAUAUUAAUGAGGCCUCCUCUCUCCAGAGCCUUCAGGACGUCAGUGCUCAGUGCAGCCGUGUCUUCAGUCGUCUGGAGGACUUGGUGCAGGAUGUUCAGGUGGAGCUCCACUUUAUGUCACAGUCCAGAAAUGCUGUUAUGUGAGUCGCUGUAAACCCAGAAUCAGGUAUUCUCUGUGAGGCCUUCUCUCCUUUCACCUUCUGCUUCAGCUUAAACGAUCUCUUACACUUUUGGAGACGUAAAACUUCUUUGGUGUCUGAUGUUUCCACUUUUUGAGACUUUUUCAAAUGUCUGUAAAUAAAUGUAAGACUUAA